ACUCUCGUUUGUUCCUUUGUUCCACUCUCAUCGACCCCAUCCCGUUACCUCGCUGAGGCCGACCAACACCCCCGCCGCACCAUUGCUGUGCCUGCUUUGACACAUUUCCAUGCGCUUGCCUUGCUGCGCAUCUAGUACCAGUCCAUCGCCAUGGGUCGCAGGAAGAUUGAGAUCAAGGCGAUCAAAGAUGACCGGAAUCGCUCUGUAACCUUCCUCAAGCGUAAAGGCGGUCUGUUCAAGAAGGCGCAUGAGCUCGCCGUCUUGUGCUCGGUCGACGUUGCCGUCAUAAUAUACGGCCAUAAUAAGAAACUGCACACCUUCUCGUCGGGUAAUAUCAACGAAAUUGUCUCACGGUUUCAAUAUUAUGGCACCCCUCACGAACACAAAGGCCCCGAAGACUUCAUGGGGAAGAAGGAUGCCGACGACGACGAGGACGAGGACGAGCAGAUGCUCGGCGCAACUCCACCAGGCGACUCGCACACCCCGCCAGAGCACGCACCCAUGAUGCCACACCACCCCCUCCAGAGCCAGCCCGGAUAUCAACACAUGGCACAUGGUGCACCUACAGCCUCUCCGCCCAUGCCCAGUGGUCCUAUGCCCAAUGGUUCCAUGCAGAAUGGACCCAUGCCCAAUGGUGUGCCUUUCCAUGCCAGGUAUCCUUCUCCUCAGCCAGGCACACUCUCGCGUCCCGAUUCCCGGACGCAAAUUCACAGGCCAGGCUCGAAUCUCGCUCCCCCUCAACAUCCUCAACACCCUCAACACCCUCAACACCCUCCACAUCCGCAACAUCAAUUCUCGCAGCCCCCUCCGCCACCACAUAGUUAUGCCGGAAUGGCUCCUAUGCCCACCUCCGCAAUGCCCACACCUCCCAUGUAUACUCCUCCGAACGCGCCCCAGAUGCUCCCCAGACCCCCGCAAGGACCCCCUCAGCCACCACAGUUCCAGUAUACCCACCCAACGCCCACUGCACCACCCAUGCCGCAGUAUAUGCCUCAGGAGCCGCGGAGACAGUCAGGACCGCCAAUGUUCCAACCUCCGCCUCCACAACAGCAAGAGAGACCUCCACCGCCACCUCAACUAACGGUCCCAUCUCCACCUCAACCGGAGCAGAAUGACUUCCAGAGCCCGCCGCUUCCGCAACCCAAGCCGCUUCCGGCCGUCAGACAGACCAGCAUAUUCACUCCCAUCGAUGACAGCCGGUCGAUGCUGGCUGCGCAUUGGGGGAGUAGUAGCAGCAUGGACCCACCCCGCACCGAAGCUCCAAGCGUCAAAAUGGAAGCUUCUCAUCGGUCACAGUCGAUUGAUGUGGGAGGCAUGUCUCGGCCCACAGAGACCCAACCACAGAAUCCGGUCCCGCAAGCGCAGCGGACGCAAUCGACGUCGUCGGUUCCCAUCAUUGCUCCGCCAUCAAGAACGAACAGCAUCCAAACGGACGCAAAACGCCCUCGCCUCACUGUGCAGAUCCCCAGCGAGAACUCGGACGCAGGGAGUGCGACGGCGGGGUCCUCCCCAAAGAAUUCGGGUACAACGGGAGUCACCCCGGCAAGGACAUCAGAUGCUUCCAACUCCUCCAUCCUUCUGCCCCCACCCUCGCCGUCCGCGAACUCGGUACUCAGCGCGGGUCCCACUGGUCCCCCCAACCCGUUUGCGCGUCCACCACCGCCGAUGCCGAAUGGUAACUACGGCAGCCGUAGCGACAUGGAAACGCCGGUGUCCGCCCUUCCGUCUCGAUUCGUGGACAACAUUCUGCCCAGCCCGUCGAGUCUUUUCCAGAACGAUUGGAAUAUGCUUCCGAGUCCGUUGCCUUUUGCGACGCCGGUAAACCAGAAUGGGCCCAGUUUUGCGAGAGAUGAUGCGCUCGAUCGGAAGCGGAAGACUUCAGACGAUGGAUCCGAUGGUGGGAGUGAGUCUAAGAAAGCCAAGUCUUAGGUUCCAUUUGAGGAAGAGGAGGAACGGCAGUUCACAAUCUGUAUUUUAUAUUCUUCUUUGAUUCUUGCCCGAGGACGUUGAGACGUUCUUCUCCUAUUCCAAAUUUGCCUUUGGGAACUUGUUCUGGGAAUUUGUUUGGCGUUUCGCGGGGGUUGGAUACCCUAGGAGUACCCUAUUCCUGCUUUUCUCUUAUAUCUUCACUGGGAACAUGGUUUUCUUCUGUCGAUGUUUGGUGUGACAUUUGCAAAGGG